GAAUUUCAUUCUGCACGUGAGAAGCUGAACAUAUCCUACGUGAUUCUUCAACUGAGAACUCAAGUGCUGAAUUGGAGAAAAACCUGAACUAAUAAUACAUCCUCUGAACUGUGGAAAUCUUCAGGAGCAAGCAACAAGCGGUUCAAGUGUCCAAAAAAUGGCCUUCGCUGGUUUCUUCCGGGAGAAACACCUGCUGUCCAUAGGCAUCACCCGGGUGCAAGAACCGUUUGGAUGCAUGCCAAUACCAGGAAAAGGCCUUCAACUGAUUGUGACAAACUUGAGGAACCGUCCACUGUGUGAAAGCGACAUCCUCUCCAUGUGUGACUUCAUCCUCAGCCUGUACCACAACCUCCUCACAGGUUCCAAGGACUACCCUUUCAUUUCCUUUGAUGGAGUCUUCCUCUCAGACGAGGUGGUCUCACCCUUCCCUUCCAGCCAGAGUGAGAACAACCCACCAUCUCCUCUGACGGAGGCCCCAGCCGGUGUGAUGGUGCCACCUGCGGGCUCCUCUCCUCCAAACAUGCUGACCCCGGUUCUUCCUGAGAGGACGGAGCUCGGAGUCCUGAGGGCCGACCGCAGAAACUAUUUCUGCGACUUGGAGUUGGACGGCACAACUGUCACCAGAUUCAUCUCCCCUGUGUACAGCUCUGAGUGCACUGAGCUGACCAACCGCUGGAGGGUGACCGACUAUAGUGAAGAUGGCCACCUUUGCAUGUCGGUCCUCUGUCAGUUCCCCAAAAAGGUUGCACAGUUUGCAAGGCCUCCGAGACCCGAGAAGAGAAAGUACACAGAGGAGAGCAGCAGCAGCAGCAGCAGCAGCAGCCAGUCUCCCCCAAAGAAACGCUUGAGACUGUGAUGGACAUUUGCUCUGCUGCAC